UGGCCAUGGUCCUAGGCCGCUUGUUGCCGCCCCUAAUGGUUACACUGAUGCUCCUGCUGCCCUUGUACCCAGCUGCUCAACCCUCUUCCUAUCCAUUAUUCGUGGUUCCCAACGGUACAUUCAAUCAUUUGGCUCAAGCCCGGAGCACAGGCGGACUGUAUGUGGGGGCCGUCAAUGGCUUGUAUCAGCUGGACUCUGAGCUGAGGCUUCUAGGAUAUGCCCGCACAGGGCCAGACCAAGACAGUCCCGAGUGUCUCCCUUUCCGUGAUGUCCGUGAGUGUCCGCAGGCCCAACUGAUGGACAACUCCAACAAGCUCCUCUUACCGAAUGAGCGUUCUGGUGAGCUAGUGGUGUGUGGGCAGCUGUUCCAGGGAGUAUGUGAGAAGCGAGCUCUGACGGAUAUCACCAAAGUGUUGUACCAUCCUGAGGAUCCGGGAGACAACCAGUUUGUGGCAGCCAAUGAGCCAAAAGUUUCAACAGUUGGUUUGGUGGGGCACCACAAUGACCGGGACCUGCUCUUUGUGGGUCGUGGACUGACGGCAAAGCUCUCUGGAGGGAUCCCGCCAUUUACCAUCCGCCAGUUGGAAGGACCACAGGCCUUCUCCAAUGAAGGAAUGGGGAAACUGGUUGUGGGUGAUUUCUCAGACUACAACAACAGCUACGUCGGUGCCUUUGCUUCUGGUGGCUAUGUCUACUUCUUGUUCUUUCGGCGUGGAGCAAAGGCACAGAUGGAAUAUCGUACCUACCUCUCCCGGACCUGCGUAGAUGACACCAACCUCUAUUCCUAUGUGGAGCUGCCUCUCGAAUGCCAACAUAGUCAAGGGCAAUCUUACAACCUGGCUCAGGCUAUGCAUCUAGCACCUGGUUUUGCUGAAAAAGACAAAAUCCUUUUUGUUGUUUUAGCUGUUGGGCAAGGCUCCACUGCAGUUCCAACUGGGCGGACUGCCCUGUGUUCCUACAGCUUGAAUGCAAUUAAUGCAGCAAUGGAGAAGACGCGGCAGCUGUGCUACACCACAUCUGGAAUAGGCGACAACAACGACGAGGAGGCUGCCAUUGAAUACGGAGUGACCUCUCGUUGCAGCUCUUUAUCCAAAGAGUCCCCAGAGAUUUACCCCUGUGGGGAUGAACACACGCCUAGCCCCAUUGCCAGCCGGAAGCCAUUGGUGGCUGAGGCACUCCUGACUUCCGUGCCAAGAUUGACAGCUGUGGCUGCCAUGGUAGAAACAGGCCAUACCAUCGCCUUUCUGGGAGAUGGCGUUGGGCAGCUGCACAAGGUUUAUCUGAAUGGCUCCGUGGCACAGGUCUACAGCACGAUGCCCACUGGUCAGAAUUCUCCUGUCAACUCAGAUCUGCUACUGAACAGCAGCGGGGCCUACCUAUAUGUGAUGACAGCUUCACAGGUGUCCAAGAUCCCAGUCUCAGAAUGCCCUAAUUUCGAAGACUGUACCUCGUGCCUGCAUGCGGAAGACCCCUUUUGUGGCUGGUGUGUCCUACAGAGCAGGUGUACCCGGAAAUUGGAAUGUGAACGCCAUGAGCUGGCCAAUCACUGGCUCUGGAGUUAUGGAGAUGAGAGCCAGUGCUUGAGAGUGGAACAAAUUCUACCAGCCAAUCAGAGUCGAGAAACACAGACAGAGAUCUCCUUGAUGGUCCCCAAUCUCCCUGCACUGGGUGAAGGAGAGUAUUACCACUGUGCAUUCGGGACCCAAAAAAGCCAGGCCCAGCUUCAAGAUUCUUGGAUCCGCUGCUUAUCACCUGUUCCUGAGCAGGUGCCACCUAUCCAAGAAGGCAAAG